CGUGAAAUUCUAUCGGAAGCACGUACAAUGGCACAAUUGAAACAUCGGCAUAUAGUACGAUUAAUUGGUGUAUGCAAAGAAGAACAAUUUAUGCUUGUCCUUGAAUUGGCACCAUUAGGUCCAAUUAAUAAAUAUUUAAAAAAACGACCUGAUGUCAGUGUACAUACAUUAACUGAAUUAAUGCAUCAAGUCGCAUUAGGUAUGGCUUAUUUGGAAUCAUGUAAAUUUGUACAUCGUGAUUUAGCUGCUCGUAAUGUUCUAUUGGUUACACGUCAUUUUGCUAAAAUAAGUGAUUUUGGAAUGAGUAAAGCAUUGAAUUUUGGCAGUGAUUAUUAUCGGGCAGCAACAGCUGGGAAAUGGCCAUUAAAAUGGUAUGCACCAGAAUGUAUAUAUUAUUUUCGUUUUGAUUCAAAAUCGGAUGUAUGGAGUUAUGGUAUAACUUUAUGGGAAGUUUAUUCUUACGGUGAACGACCAUAUAGAGAUAUGAAAGGUGCACAAAUCUUGGCAAUGUUAGAUCAAGGUCUACGUUUAUCACGACCAAGUCGUUGUCCUGAAUCAAUCUAUAGUAUAAUGCAACAAUGUUGGAAUUUUGAAGGUGUACAUAGACCAACAUUUGCUGAAUUGGUUUUAACAAUAUCACGUAUUCUAAGAGCAAUGCCUAUGCCACAAACUAAUAAUGUUUGUAUUCCCAGUCAUCAUCAUCAACAUCCACAUCCGCAUCACCAUGAACAUCAACAUCAACAGCAGUGUCAUACUAGUACUACGAAUAAUAGUAUUACUAUUCCUAGUAAUAAUAACAAUAAUAACAAUAAUAUGUUAUCAAGUAGUCUACCACCAAAAUGUGAUCAUUUACAUGCUUCACCUACUCAUCAACACAAUAACAUGACGAACACCACCAAUAAUAGUAAUAAUAAUAACAGCACUAACACUAGUGGACUACAUCCAAUUGAAUUUAGUCCAUUAAGACGUCUUGGUGGAAUCGGUGCAAGUACAAGUUCCGGUGGAAGUGGUGUAAAUAGUGGCGGGAGUGAUGGGAUAUCAUUUUAAAUUUAAUUGUUUUGUUAAUCAAAUAAUCACACACGUGAAGAAAUAUAAACAAACAUUUGUCAACUGUCAAUAUUGAUCAUUGAACAAAACACGUACAUACAUAUAUAGAUAUAUACAAAUAUAUAUUGACUGACUCCUUAAAUAAUUAUUCACCAGAGAAAUUGAUUACAAAUGAUUACUUUUUAUUGAGUGGCAAACAGUGUAUAUUUUUAAUUUUCUAUUGAUAAAUAUAUAUGCAUAUAUAUAUAUCUAUUUUGAUAGCUUCUAUUCCUUUUUUUCCGCUCUGAAUUCUUUUUCUUUCAAUAUUCUUCCAAUUAUUCAAAAGAGAAUAUAGAGUGAGAUUUUUCUAUAUAGAAGCAUAUGAUGGCGCAUACACACAUAAAUAAGAUUUCUAGGAAAAAAAUUGAACAGUUUUUGAGUUAUCACCUUAUAGUGAAAUACACGAUUCGAUUUUAAGUUUAUCCAAUGAAUUGAGGUGAAUAUUUCUUGAAUGCUUGUAUCCCUGUUCAUGAUUGAACAAUUGAACAAUAUGAUUUUAAACAACUAACUGUUCAAUAUUCAAUAGAUGUGAUUGUGACCACUGAUCAUUGUACAUAUCGAUAAAUAUAUAUAUUUUUUCCGUUUCAAAAUUCAUUUUAUUUUCAACUAGUGUGUUUACCAGACAGAAAAACUACUGAAUUUUCACGAUAAACACACAAAGAUUACUUUUUCACGAUCGUUGUUUAACUACAAACAAUUUAUGCGCAAAAAAUGAAAUUAUCAUAGUGAUAUUGACAAAAUAAGUAGACUGAAAAACAAAAGCCCCAUCAAACUGUAACCUUUUGAUCAUCUCAUUUGUUAUCAAUGUUCUAUUGAUGAUUUUCACUGUUUCCUAUCAUUCUGUCAUUCACCUAUCUAUAUCACCCAAAUAUUCAUUUCAAAUGAAAUUUCCAUGUGUUUUCAUGUUAAUAAAUAACUUUGUACAUUGAAAUUUGAAUUUAAGGAAUUGUUGGUGUUGUUUAUUUUUUAUUCUUGUCACUUGUGCCUCAUUGAUUUUUUUUUUUUUUAAUGCUUAUUUGGUGAUAUUAAUGAGGAUAAUGGUUAGGUUUAGAAAAUUGAACUUAUUCACAUUGUAGAAUGCUUUUUCCACCGUCUAAUAUAUCCAAAUAUCUCUAGAUAUAUAUAUAGAUACACACAUGUAUGUACUAUUUUCUCAUUUUAAUUAUUAUUAUUAUUAUCAGCAUCAAAAUGACCAGAUAUUGUUAGCCUUGUUUUUUUUUUCAAAAAUCUCUUUUCUGCUCGUUUCUCGUAAUUUGCAAUGAUCAAUAAAUCAAUAAUGCAUUUAUUUAUUUGUAUCAUGCAUAUUCCAUUGGGUUUCAGUGAUUACUAUUCAUAUAAAAUGAUUCAUAGAUUACGAACUGACGAAUUACGAAAACAAUGUGAAGACAAUUUACUAUCAUUAAUGUAAUUGGAUGAUUAGUGUGUUUGUCAUCAAUCUGAUUGGUCGAUCGAUUGAUUGAUUGGUUAUUGUGUUUUAUUUUGAGUCUUUUUCUGUUGCAAUACAAACAAACACAAACAGUAGUUAUAAUUAAUAUAAAAUUCAAUUUUCUGACGAGUACACUUAUUUUACACACACACACACACAAGAAAAUACGGAGAGAGAGAGAGAGGAGAAUAUGUAACUGAGUGAAAUUUGAUGAACAAUGAACAUCUUUUUUUUGUACAAAUGAUAACCUUUAUUUAUAUUAUUAGUAUUGUUAUUAUGAUUAUUAUUAUUAUUAUUAUUAUGGUUUUACAAUUAAUUACAAGAUUUUAAGAAUUUAC